AUGUCCAGUGAGCCAGCUCCCGAAAGUACCCUGCCCUACCCACCCAUCCACACGGACAAGAAAUUUGUUGUGCUCUCCGACUGGGAUGGCACGAUCACGACGCGCGAUUCGAACGACUAUAUGACCGAUGAGCUCGGCUUCGGCAGAGAGAAGCGGAGGGAGCUGAACCUUGACACGCUCUCUGGGAAGAUUACGUUCAGGGAUUCAUUCCGCGAGAUGCUCGAGAGCGUCUCCGCGAAAGGUCACUCCUUUGAGUACUGCAAGGAGCAGCUGAAACAAAAUAUCAAGCUCGAUCCCGGCUUUAAGGAGUUCUAUCAAUACUGCGAGGAGGCUGACAUCCCCGUCGUCAUCAUUUCCAGUGGCAUGGCGCCUCUGAUCCGUGCCGUGUUAUCCAGCUUAAUCGGCGAGGAAGAUGCGAGGAAGAUCGAAAUCAUCUCCAACGACGUGAUCAUCCACCCAGACGGGAAGUGGGAGAUCCAGUACCGCCACCCUUCCAGUGGCUACGGUCAUGACAAGAGUCAGGCGAUCCUACCGUAUCGAAAACUGCCAGACCCGCCGACCAUUUUCUUCUUCGGCGACGGCGUUUCAGACAUGUCCGCUGCACGUUACGCAGACGUGCUUUUUGUCAAGCAAAAGGAAGACGGCGAGAACGAUCUUCACGCGUACUGCCUACGAGAAGGCAUUCCGCAUAUCCUCUUUGAGAACUUCGCUCAUGCGUCAUUGGUGGUCAGAAAAGUCGUGGAAGGCAAGAUGACUGUGAAGGAGGCGCUGGCGCUAGGCAAGGCCUGA